AAGCUAAUGCUCCAUCAGGGGACAAACCCUGGAGAGGAGAGUAAGUUUGGAGCGCGCACUCCCCAGCCGGAAACAUAGGGAUCUUUGUGUCAGCCCCGUCUUCAUCUAGUAGUAGUAGUCCACAGUUAGCAUCGACCAUGCCUUUCGGAAACUCUCACAACCAGCUGAAGAUGAAGUACUCGGCCGAGGCGGAAUACCCGGACCUCAGCAAGCACAACAACCAUAUGGCCAAGGUGCUGACUCAGGCCAUGUACGAGCGGCUGCGCGGCAAGCAGACACCCAGCGGCUUUACGUUGGAUGAUGUGAUUCAGACCGGGGUAGAUAACCCAGGCCACCCCUUUAUUAUGACGGUGGGCUGUGUGGCUGGAGAUGAGGAGACGUAUGAAGUGUUUAAGGAGCUGCUGGACCCGGUCAUUGAGGACAGACAUGGAGGUUACAAGCCCACAGACAAACACAAAACUGACCUGAACCCAGGCAACCUUAAGGGUGGGGACGAUCUGGACCCCAACUAUGUGCUCAGCUCUCGUGUGCGAACUGGCAGGAGCGUACGUGGAUUUAGCCUGCCGCCACACUGCAGUCGUGGAGAGAGGAGAGCCAUUGAAAAACUCUCUGUGGAAGCUUUGGGUGCCCUAAGUGGAGAUCUGAAAGGCAAGUACUACGCUCUGAAGAAUAUGACUGAAGCAGAGCAACAGCAGCUCAUUGAUGAUCACUUCCUGUUUGACAAACCUGUGUCUCCUCUGCUGCUGGCCUCUGGGAUGGCCCGUGAUUGGCCCGAUGCUAGGGGCAUCUGGCACAACGACAACAAGACAUUUCUGGUGUGGGUGAAUGAGGAGGAUCACUUGCGUGUCAUCUCAAUGCAGAAAGGUGGCAACAUGAAGGAAGUCUUCACCCGUUUCUGUACAGGCCUUACCAAGAUCGAGGAGCUGUUUAAAAACAAGGGACAUGCAUUUAUGUGGAAUGAGCACCUUGGCUAUGUCCUCACAUGCCCAUCUAACCUGGGAACAGGACUGCGUGGGGGAGUGCACGUCAAACUCCCCAACAUGAGCAAGCACAGCAAGUUUGAGGAGAUCCUCAAGAGACUACGACUGCAAAAACGUGGAACAGGUGGUGUGGAUACUGCUGCAGUGGGUGGUGUAUUUGAUAUCUCUAAUGCUGACCGGCUGGGGUUCUCAGAAGUGGCGCUUGUUCAGAUGGUUGUAGAUGGAGUCAAACUGCUGAUAGAGAUGGAGAAGCGAUUGGAAAAAGGCCAGUCCAUUGAUGACCUCAUACCUGCCCAAAAGUGAACCCAGCCAAACCACCCCUCUACCUCACUUCCCUAAAAUUCCAGAUUUUCCCAUCUCCUCCCCACACUCCAAUCCUACCUUAAGAAUGAAUGUAUCUUUACUCCAUCCAUGAAUGCAUGUUGUAUUUAAGCCAUGUUUUCCCUCUGCAUCACACAUUGGAUGUCUUUCGUUAUGAUGACCUAAGUAGAGCAUUAAACACUGUUGGGGCCCUUAUA